GGGCCGGGGCUCCGGGCGCCGCGGCGCGGCCAUGAAGGACUGCGAGUACCGGCAGAUCUCGCCCGGGGCGGCGGCGACGCCAGGCCCGGGCCCGGGCGGGCCGGCGGUCGCGGCCCCGCGGGCCGGAGCGGCGCGGCGGCCCCGCAGGAAGUGGGAGGUGUUCCCGGGCCGCAACCGCUUCUUCUGCGGCGGCCGCCUCAUGCUGGCGCGGCACAGCGGCGUCUUCGCCCUCACGCUCGGCCUCAUCCUGGCCACCAGCGGCCUCUUCUUCGCCUUCGACUGCCCCUUCCUUGCCAGUCACCUGACCCUGGCCAUCCCCAUCAUCGCCGCCGUCCUCUUCUUCUUUGUCAUCAGCUGCCUGCUCCAGACGAGCUUCAGGGACCCAGGGAUCCUGCCCAGAGCCACCCCCAGCGAGGCUGCAGACCUGGAGAGGCGCAUUGACAGCAUGGGCAGCUCCACGUACCGUCCCCCAGCCCGCACCAUGGAGGUGGUGAUCAACAAGUACGUGGUGAAGCUCAAGUACUGCUACACCUGCAAGAUGUUCCGGCCGCCGCGCACCUCGCACUGCAGCGUCUGCGACAACUGUGUGGAGAGGUUCGAUCACCACUGCCCCUGGGUGGGCAACUGCGUGGGCAAGCGCAACUACCGCUACUUCUACGCCUUCAUCCUGUCCCUGUCCUUCCUCACCGCCUUCAUCUUCGCCUGCGUCGUCACCCACCUCACCCUGCGCUCUCAGAGGGAUGGGUUCCUGGCCACUCUGAAGACAACCCCUGCGAGUGUGCUGGAGCUGGUGAUUUGUUUUUUCUCAGUCUGGUCCAUUUUGGGCCUCUCAGGUUUUCACACUUACUUGGUCGCCUCCAACCUGACGACGAACGAAGAUAUCAAGGGCUCCUGGUCAAACAAGAGGGGCUCGGAGUUUGCCAAUCCCUACAGCCAUAAAAGCAUCCUCACAAACUGCUGUGCAGUGCUGUGUGGACCCUUCUACCCCAGUUUGAUAGACAGAAGAGGAUUUGUCCAGCCAGAUGUCGGGACCCCGUCCAGUCCCAAGAGUGAAAUCCCUUCCCUUGGAGCCAAAAGUGACACCAGCAUGGAGGAUGCCUGCCAGGACUUUGCCAUUUCCUGCACAGCCUGACAGGAUUUGCCCCUCCUCGGACGUUUGCCCUGAUUUCUGAGGGCUGCUGGUAAGAAAGUGCUUCCUUCACCCUCUCACCACUGCGGCCACCCAUCCUCACUGCAUGACAGCUCUGAGCUCAGAGCCCAUCAUCCCAGCCAUGCUGCCAUGCCUGUGUCCCAUCCAUCCCACCAGAAUGCCACCAGGAUCCCACCCACGGGGCACGGUGCCAGGGCUGUGGCUCAGGGGGCACAGGAACGCUUUGCCACAAGAGGAGAGGUUUGGUUUUUCCUGGCUUUGUGCUGGGCUGGAGCCACCUGGUCUGCAUGGGGACACUGUGGGACAUUGUGUGACAUUUUGGGGGCACUGUGUGACACUGUGGGACAUUGUGGGGCACUGUGUGACACUGUGGGACAUUGUGGGGCACUGUGGGUCAUUGUGUGACACUGUGGACACUGUGUGACACUCUGUGACAUCGUGUGACACUGGGACACGUGUGGCAGAGGGCUCUGCAGCCCAGCCUGCCGUGGCUGUGUGAGGGAAGCCCAGCCAAGCAGAGCUUUGGUGUUUGGAGGAGCCGUGGCCCCUGGGGUGGGUCUGGACCCCCAUCCCUGACCCGUUCUGUGGCCUGGGUGACCCCUCUGGCCCCUCUGCCCGUUUUCCUCUCUGCAGGUUCCCCCUGCUGUGGCCAAGGUAAGUUCCUCCAGGGCACCUGGCAUGGGAUGUGUCACCUGUGGGCCGUGAGCUGCCCCUCUGCCCCUCCCUGCAGCCCCCGAGGGCUCCUGAGCCCCCUCCUCGCUGUGCCCCAGCCCUGCCAGCGAGCCUGGGUGCUCGCCCUGCUCCCGGUGCUCCCCAGCUCCAUUCUGGCACUAACUCUCUCUUUAUCCUCUCCCCUCUGCUCUCCCUCGCUCCGGGCGGAUCCAGCGCCAUGAGCAGCAGCCUGAGCCUCUCGUGGGGCGCCCACGGGAGCCGAGCCCACAGCCAUGACCACCGGAGUGCCUCCGCUCCCUCCCUCCGUCCCUCCGUGCCCCGGGCGGCGGCAGCGGAGCCCAAAGCCAUAGAGCCCCCGCAGCGAGGAGAGCGGUGAAUGAGCGCAGCCAGCCCUGCCGUGCCGUGCCGUGCCGUGCCCGGCCACCGCUGGGCGCUCGGUGCCGGUGCCUCCCUGCCUGGAAAUGCCGUGUUGGGAUUUUGGAAGGAGCAGGAUCUCUCCAGAGCAUUUACAGCCAAACCGGGGGCACCAAACCCUCCCAGCCCCUCCAAGCCGUGUCCGUGUGCCACAGGACUUUCCCGAUGGGAAUUCGUACCUGGUCAGUUCAUCCUGCAGCCCCCGGGCCAGCUCCCCUGCCAGCCUCAUCCCAGCACGGCUCUGGAUUUAGGGGAAGGGGCUCCAGCACCUUGAGCAGCCUCCCUGGGCUGAGAGCUGAGUGGGCAGCCAGGCCUGCCCCAGCCCUGUAGGACUCACCGUCUGUUUAUGCCUUUUACUUUUGUAACAAAAUGAAAGUUUCUCCUAUUUAGCGUA